AUGAUUGGCUUGCUGGCGUAUUGCACACUGGAUGCCGUGUUACUGGGUGCGGUCGCACAAGACACGGUGCCCCAGAUCGGUAUUGACGAGAGCUUGCGGUAUCCGUACGACGAAACGCUGGUUUUGAAGCCGCUGCCCAAUAACGACCUGCUGGUUUCGUUCAAGUUCCAACUACAGUCGGAGCCAUUUGACCCGAGCGUGUCUUCAACUUCAUUUGAUGCGUACGAACACUACACGACUUUCCCCCGGGCCAUCCCACCUCUGUUGCAGUCGACUGCCACGCGUCAGUUACAUCUAAGAUUCACCAAAGGGUUCUGGGAUGCUCUGUCGUGGGGACAGUUGCCGCAUGCUGGGAAACAGGCGGGUGCCUCAGGUGUGGAAUUGUGGUCUCAAGUGCAGGCUGCCGAUCAGGAGCAGGCGUUCCAUAAUUGGAAGAAACUGGCCAAUUCUUUGAGUGGGUUGUUCUGUUCUUCUUUGAACUUCGUUGACGAGUCCAGAACAACCUUCCCGCGCAAGUCUUAUGCGUCUGAUACAUCGUCUCCUCUCUUCAACGAAACGGAGAAGUUGUACUUGAUGAGAGCGUCUCUGCCUAAUGAGCCCAUCUGUACGGAGAAUUUGACCCCGUUUAUAAAAUUAUUGCCCACCAGGGGGAACUCUGGUUUGACGUCUCUCUUGGACGGCCAUAAGCUGUUCGAUUCUCUUUGGAACAGUAUCUCCCUGGACGUAACCACUCUUUGCCCCGAAGAUGGCGACGCACUGUGCCACUAUGAAAUGGAGGCACACGUCGAGAUGGUCAUGCACGUUCCUUCUGCCUUGGCCAGAAACGAGAGACCUAUUCCCAAGCCCUUGGAUGGAAGCACCUUGCGUUGUGACACGGAUAAACCAUUUGAUUCAUAUCAAUGUUUCCCCCUACCGGAACCUUCGGAAACACACUUUAAACUGUCCCAACUGUUUGCCAAGCCGGUAAAUAAUGGCAACUUGUUUGCUAAUAGGCCCACGAGGAUUUGUGCGGACGUGGACCGCUCCACCUGGACCACAUUUUUGUCAGUUGAUGAUACAGUCUUCAGCACGCACGACAAUUGCUUUGACUUGUCGAAUGACCAAAAUGGAAGUGGCUCGGGCUACGACUUUGUUUUGGAAUCAACAGACACUACCCAGGUCUCCCCCGUGGAUCCCGUUCCUAUUCAUGUGAGCAGAUCCCUGACGGGCAACGGUCAAGACCGUGGCGGGAUGCGUGUUGUAUUCCAUAACGACAACGAUACCCCUGUCAAUCUGAUAUACUUUGAAUCUUUGCCCUGGUUCAUCAGAGUUUAUUUAUCCUCUUUGCAAAUUACUUCCACCACUUAUCCGCAACCACAAGAGAGUGAUAUCAUCAUGGACAAAUAUUACCUGCAAGCGGCCGACAGACAAAGACCCGCUCACCUGGAGUUCACAAUGUCAAUUCCUGCUCAUUCGGACAUCGUCAUGACCUAUCAAUUUGAUAAAGCUCUUCUGCAAUUUGCCGAGUAUCCACCAGAUGCCAAUCACGGCUUUGAAAUCGACGCUGCUGUCAUCACUGUGUUGUCUCCGGAAUCUGAAUUACCUGUGUAUGAAAUGAGAACCUCUACUUUAUUGUUGUCUCUCUCUACCCCUGACUUCAGUAUGCCAUAUAACGUCAUUAUCCUGACGUCCACCAUCAUGGGGCUCAUGUUCGGCAUGCUAUACAAUCUGAUGGUCAAGAGAAUAGUCACUGUCGAGGAAGCUGAUAGGAUUUCGUUGCAUUCUGGUCUAAAAUAUAAAUUGUUGAAAUUGAAGGGAAAGAUCCUGAAGAGGAAACAAACUAAAGCCGACUAG